AACAGGGCCGCUGUUCACUCGCUUGCCCGACCCUCGGCCUCCCGAGAAGGGUAACUGCAAGUGAAUUUCCCAGCUGCUUUUCGAGUUACCAGCCGAAUUUCUGCUCCCUAUCCCAUGUAAGUGGUUUGAGCUGCAAUGAAAAGGAAAAGUUGGAAAUGGGCAACAGCAAUGACCGUGGCUGAAGCUUCAUCCUCUUUCUCUGGCUGUUCCUAUAGUGGCGUCUCUUCUUUGGUCAUCAAGGGACUGGAUCUGAUUUCUGGAUCUGGUUUGCCCACUGCGUAACCAUGUUCCAUAUCUUUUCUUGUGAGCAGGACUUUACAUUCCUAAGCCUCAAGUCAUCUCCUUAUUGGAACAAGGGAAAGAGCCCUGGAUGGUUGGCAGAGAGCUGACAAAGGGCCUGUGUUCAGAUCUGGAAUCAAUGUGUGAAAACAAGUUAUUAUCUCUGAAGAAAGAAGUUUAUGAAAUAGAAUCAUGCCAGAGGGAGAUAAUGGGACUUACAAAGCAUGGCCUUGAGUACUCCAGUUUUAGAGACGUUUUGGAAUAUAGAAGCCACUUUGAAAAACAAUUGGGAUAUCAAAGUGGGCAUUUAAGCCAAGAAGUAUUCACCCAUGAAUACAUGCCCACAUUUAUUCAACAGACGUUCUUUACUCUACAUCACAUACUUAAUAAUGAAGAGAAGCCCUAUGAAUGUAAGAAAUGUGGAAAGGUCUUUAGUCAGAAUUCACAAUUUAUUCAACAUCAGAGAAUUCAUAUUGGUGAAAAAUCUUAUGAAUGUAAGGAGUGUGGGAAAUUCUUUAGUUGUGGCUCACAUGUUACUCGACACCUGAAAAUUCACACUGGCGAAAAACCCUUUGAAUGUAAGGAAUGUGGAAAGGCAUUCAGUUGUAGCUCAUACCUUUCUCAACAUCAGAGAAUUCAUACUGGUAAGAAACCCUAUGAAUGCAAGGAAUGUGGGAAGGCCUUUAGCUAUUGUUCAAAUCUUAUUGACCAUCAGAGAAUUCACACUGGUGAAAAACCCUAUGAAUGUAAAGUAUGUGGGAAAGCCUUUACUAAGAGCUCACAACUUUUUCAACACGUGAGAAUUCAUACAGGUGAGAAACCCUAUGAAUGUAAAGAAUGUGGCAAAGCUUUUACUCAGAGCUCAAAGCUUGUUCAGCAUCAGAGAAUUCAUACUGGUGAAAAACCCUAUGAGUGCAAGGAAUGUGGCAAAGCCUUUAGUAGUGGCUCAGCACUUACUAAUCAUCAGAGAAUUCACACUGGGGAGAAACCCUAUGAUUGUAAGGAAUGUGGGAAAGCUUUUACUCAGAGCUCACAACUUCGUCAACAUCAGAGAAUCCAUGCUGGUGAGAAACCCUUUGAAUGUCUUGAAUGUGGGAAGGCCUUUACUCAGAACUCACAACUUUUUCAACAUCAGAGAAUUCAUACAGAUGAAAAACCGUAUGAAUGUAAUGAAUGUGGAAAGGCCUUUAAUAAAUGCUCCAACCUUACACGACAUCUGAGAAUUCACAGUGGUGAAAAGCCUUAUAACUGUAAGGAAUGUGGGAAGGCAUUUAGUAGUGGCUCAGAUCUCAUUCGUCAUCAGGGAAUUCAUACUGAUGAAUAAUAAAAGUUAAAGCUCUUGUCACUUUCCUAACAUUUUUAAACAAAAAGAAAUUCAUGUUUGACAGUUACCCUUUCACUGUUUUUUGUUUUUAAAUUUUAUUUUAUAUUUCUUUUUAAUCCAAAUAUAUUUCACUCUAAAUUAUUAACUAAGAUUCUAAAGUGACAUUUGCAUAUUCCCUGUCCCCCAAUCUUGUACGAAGGGCAGUUUUUCAAUAAUUCUUUCUUUCCCCAUUAUUUUGUUCUAUCUUCUUGGUGACACAUUAUACUCUUAUUUAUAUUUGCUUGCAUUUUUUCUUCUCUGAUCUAUAUAUUUGUGCUCACACCAAUAUCACACUAUUUAAAACUGUGUGACCUUGUAUUGUUUAAUUGUGGCAUUACAGCUGUGGUUUUGAAGUCAGUAUUGUUUAUUUCAUGUCACAAAUUUAUAUUUUCUUACAUAAAACAGAAAAUCAGAAAACCAGAAACUAAAAAGCCAAGAUUAAUUAUAAUCAUACCAACUAUAGAUGACUACUUUUAAGUUGGUAGAGCAAAUCCUACCAGAUUUUGUUUUUAAAGAAAUCAUGGUAUACAUGUUAUCCCUUUACCUGUUUUGAUCAUGCCAAAAAAUAUGGUUGCCAUUUUAGUAAAUAUAGUAUUUUUUUAAAUGUGGCUUUAAAAUGACUUUAUUACUCAUGUUUUAUUUGCAUCUAAACAUUUGCAGUUAUUAAAUAUGCCAUGAUUCAUAUGGCCAAAAUUUUAUCUUUGGAUAUUUCUUUUAAAAUAUUUGUUUUUUUUUUAAAUUUUUAAUGUUUAUUUAUUUUUGAGAA